AUGUGGGUAGCAAAGAAACGAGCUCAGGAGACGGAAGAAAGAAAGAAGCGACAGAAGGUAGAGGAGGCAAAGCGAAAGGCAGAGGAAAGCAAAAAGCAGCACAAGGCGGAAGCCGUAAAGGCUUACGAGGCAUGGAGAAGCCAGAAGAGUAGGCAGACGGAACGCAGACGCUCCGUUAUUGAGGUGACUCGGGAGAAAACCGUGGAAGAGUUGAAAAGAAAGUUUGAUAAAGCGGUAGCUGCCCAACUGGCUUUUGAAGCGUGCGGGAAGAUCAUUUCACACGCAUCUUCAACUGUCCUCAACGAAGGGGCUAAGCCAUCUAACGCCAAAUAA